AUGAAGGUCUUCGAGUCCACAUGCACCUUUGACUACUCCUGGGACGAGGUUUCCACGGCCAACUGGCGUAAAUAUUGUCCCUGGAACGAGAAGUCCACCCAUGUCGUCGCGGUGGACGUGCUCUCCCACGAUAUCAACCCAGAGUCAGGCAUACUACGAACUGAGCGUCUGAUAACAUGCAACCAAUCAGCCCCUCAAUGGAUUCUUAAACUGUUUGGAGGCAGCUCGACAUCCCAUGUCUACGAGGUAUCCUACGUUGAUCCACGGUCGAAGAAAGUCACCAUGUGCUCUACGAAUCUAUCAUGGGCCAACGUCCUUAAGGUACGAGAGGUUGUUACCUAUCAACCAUCAAGCUCGAUGCCCGGCAGCAAAACGGACUUUAGGCAGGAGGCCCAAAUUACUGCCAUGUGCAGCGGCUGGCAGAAGAUCAAGAACAAAAUCGAGGACGUGAGCGUGGAGACUUUCAGCCAGAACGCGAAGAAGGGCCGCGAAGGCUUCGAGUCUGUCCUUGAAAUGAGCCGGCGAGUUUUCUUGGAACACAAGAAAGAAAUGGAGGCCCAGCGCGCACACCAAUAG